GUAUGCAUUGUUUAUAAAAUGCCGCACGCAAGACAACUUCUUGUUAAAUAUAAUUGUGAAAUUGAACGAUGGACACGAUGUCAACAUUUGGAGCCGAAGUGGACGCAAUUUGGCCACCGGCCGAUGCCAGCUCACAGCCAACGCCGCCGACUCCCUUCGGGCGCCGCCUGUUGGAGCAGUGCACAUCCCUGAAGAUGCCCGAGCCGGAGGGGACAGUCGAUGUGGCUGCAUUUAUGGCAAAAUCAAUGCACUUUCCGCUCGAGUUCGGCGUGGAGAGCUGCCGUGUGCGGAGUCAGCCGAAGGCGCGUCAUGGAUGCAUUGGACAGCAGAUCGCCUCCGUUUAUCCGCUGCUGCAUGAGCGCACCCUGGCGCUGUAUCUAGAGUAUCUGGAGCACAAGGGGCAGUGGGGCAACGAAGUGGAGCAGCCCGUCUAUCGGCAUCUCUCGCUGACCAGCUUUGUGCAGCGUCUGCUGAGCAAGCGCUGCGCCAGCUUCUUUGCGCGCAACGACAAGUUCCUGCUGCUGAGCGGCGAGCGCGGCGCCAGCGGCUUUGAGCCGAUUGGCACGCGGCAGGAGCAGCCGCCGCUGCUGCUGGAGGAUGUGCUCAGCUAUGAUGAGGUUAAGCUAUCGGCGCUGCUCUCGGUCAGCUCGCACACGGAGUUCAUCAAUGAGGGCGAGCGCGCCAAUUGCGGCCGUGUGACCCACAAUCGUCAUAGCCUGGAGCCGGAGGGCGUGAUUGUGGGCCUGAUUGGUGCACGCCUGUCGCGCCGCAAUCUAAUGGAGUUCCAGGACAUUGUCAUUGCGCGCCAGCAGAACACCAAGGAGCAUGGCUACGGUCAGCCGGCGGAUGCUCCGGCCGAGACGCGCGCCGAGGACUAUCGGCGCCUGUGGCGCAGCUACUACGAGACGCGCGAUUAUCUGCGCAGCGAGGUGAGCAUCGAUGGCAAACGCUUUGGCGUCUCGGGCAACAAGCAGGAUGUGUUCGAUAAUCUGGUCAUGAAGCGUCGCUAUGCCAUCAUAUUUGACAUGCUGCUACUGGAGGCGGAGGCGCGCGCCGCCAAAACCGGCAAGUUGGCCUACGUUCAUGUCGUCGGCUUUGGCCUGGGCGUCUGGCGGGUGGCGCCGCAGCAGGAGCAAAUCUUUCUCGAGACCUUCGAGCAGCGCUUGCGUGCACUCAGCCCACGUCUGACGCACAUUGGCGUCGUGCACUUCUCCUGGUUCAAGCUGGAGCGCUGCGGUGGCCUGCACAAUGGCGCUGUCAUCAACUGCUCGGAUCAUCCACAGGGCGGCAUAUGUGUGCACCUGUCGAAACGGAAUCCGGCACAGAAGCUCACCAAGCCGGAACAUGCCGACAUGCUGCUGGUUGUGUCCUAUGCCUGGGACGGCAAUGCCCUGCCUGGCAAUGAGUUCUGGAUGAAAAUGCUCAAGUCCACGGGCGACUCAUCCACGGCCUGCUCCACGCUGAUCGCCGAGCUGCACAACCCACACAUCAAUACGGACUAUUGCAAUGGCCAGAAUCUACACAUUGCCUCGCCCAAAUACGGUGUGCUCCACAUAUCCGAGUAUGCAAAGCGUGUGCUUAACAGCUGCAAAUAGAUGUCGUCCAUCUCUUUCAAAAUAAUCCCCCCAUAUCUAUCUAUCCAUAUUCAUAUAAUACAUGUGUAAAUAGAAUUGUAUAUAUAUUGGCGAUUCCAACUUGAAGAUUAAUUAAAGAGAAGGCAAUAAUCAA